AUGACCAACUCCUGCUGCUCCCCUUGCUGCCAGCCUACUUGCUGUGGGACCACCUGCUGCAGGACCACCUGCUGCAAGCCAACAUAUGUGACCAGCUGCUGCCAACCCAGCUGCUGUGAAACAACCUGGUGUAAGCCAACUUGUGUGACCAGCUGCUGCCAGCCCUGCUGUCAACCCAGCUGCAAUGAAACCACCUGCUGUAGGACCAUUUGCUGUAAGCCAACCUGUGUAAGCAGCUGCUGCCAGCCAUGCUGCAAACCCAGCUGCUGUGAAACCACCAGCUGUAGAACAACCUGCUGCAAGCCAACAUGUGUGACCAGCUGCUGCCAACCCUGCUGCCAGCCCAGCUGCUGUGAAACUACCUGCUGUAGGACCACCUGUUGUAAGCCAACCUGUGUGAGCAGCUGCUGCCAGCCCUGCUGCCAACCCAGCUGCUGUGAAACCACCUGCUGCAGGACCACCUGCUGUAAGCCAACCUGUAUGACCAGCUGCUGCCAGCCAUGCUGCCAACCCAGCUGCUUUGAAACCACCUGCUGUAAGCCAACCUGUGUGACCAGCUGCUGCUGCUACACACCCUACUGCCAACCUAGCUGCUGUGAGUCCAGCUGCUGCCAGCCAUGCUGCUGCCCAACCUGCUGUGAAAACACCUGCUGCUAG